UGGGACCUUCUGGUUGUGGCCGAGAUCGCUGAGCUCUGCUCGGCGGCGCUGCAGGGAAGAACUUCGCCGGAAUUGGAUAUUCGUCGACGGUCUAAUAACCAAUUAACUUCACCGCGUUUGCGACCACCCUCAGGAAGCCUCUGCUGCACAAAGGGCGUUUGGGAUUGUUUGCUUUCGACGGCGGUAUGACGCGUAUUAACUUUCUUUGUCCGCUGUAAAUGGUACCUGAAGGCGGUGAAGAUGCGGCGUCUGUGGUUCCUACUCUUCGCUGCGGUGUCAGUCCAAGGAUUCCCGUUCAACCCCAGGAAAAUGAACAGCACUGUUGCCAAGCUGGUAGGAAACCACAGACAUGGAGACCCAGGUCCAAGUCUGCAGGAGGCUCAACAACAGAAUUUGCUGCAAACCCUGUCCUCGGGUUCCACCAAACAACAACUUAGUCAAGUCUCUCCCCUCCUGAAACCUGAGGACAGGGAGCGUUUCAUUCUGAAUCUGAGGAAUAUUCCAGAGCUCUCCAGUGCUGACAUGGACUCACAGAACCCCAACAUUCAGGUGACCAUUGAAGUGAUGGAAAACACACCGACAGAAACUGAGGUGGAGAUAGACUUAGCCAAGGAGGGUCAGAGGAACGAUUGGUCAAUGCUGUCGUCAGAGUGGGUGUCUGAUCACAAGAAACCGUUCUGGCUGUUGUUCAGGGAGCUAACGGAGAACAAUCAGGGUGGAGCUGUGCUGACAGAACAUUUGGACGACUACAAUCCUGGGGAGCCUGUCCUGGCUGACGUUGCAGGGGUUUGGGAGGAGGAGAGGCAAAAUGAGUGGGAUACAAAAAUCAUUUAUGAUUACGAUGGGGAGUGGAGUGGUUGGGCUCCCUGCAGUGUCACCUGUGGGCAUGGCGCCCAAAAGAGAACGCGCUCCUGCGGUUACGCUUGCGUUGCCACAGAGUCCCGCACAUGUGACCUUGAGGGCUGUGCCGAAAUCGCCCAUACAACAUACACAACUGAUGUUAUCACAACCCACACCUGGAAUGUCUCCAACCCUCUGGACACAAAAGGAGUCGACAGCUGUGAGAAGUGGUUGAGUUGCAAGAACGACUUCCUGGAGAGAUAUCUACACCAGGUCUUGACUGAGUUGCCCAGCUGCCCCUGCUCUUACCCCUUUGAGGUUGUCUACAGUGCCACCAAUAUUCUGGACAUUAAACUCAAAAGAAGCUACCGCUGGAGGGAUGCUAGUGGCCCCAAAGAGCGACUGGACAUCUAUAAACCCUCGGCCAGGUUCUGCAUCCACUCGAUGUUGUCGGACGACAGCACCACCUUAGCGACCCAACACUGCUGCUAUGACAAUCAGACAAGACUCAUUACUCGAGGGAAAGGUGCAGGGACGCCCAAUUUAAUCAGUGCAGAACUCUCACCAGAACUUCAUUACAAGGUCGAUCUGCUCCCCUGGAUUUUGUGUAAAGGAGACUGGAGUCGAUUCCACUCGGUCAGACCCCCGAAUAAUGGUCUUCAAUGUGAAAACAACCCUAGCGACGGUGUGUUCCAGGCUGAGCUGAGAGAGGCCAGGGAGUAUUGACACACUAGACUGCUGAGAUACGUAGCAAUAAUGUGAAGGCCUCGUGAUGGAGAUCAGAACAUGGACGUCAUGGUUCACUUCAAUUGUCCAUUCAUGAAAAAAAUAAAAUUCAGAACUAUGUUGAUGUGUUUUAUUUUUCUUUGAUUAAAUUGUUUUAUAUUGCUGCUACUUGAGUAUGUUAUCCUAUUUGUGUCUGAAUAUGCAUGUUUGUGUGU